GCCGCGCAGCUUCACCUCGGCCAGUCCGCGCUGGAGCCGCGUGAGAGGCACUGCGUUACCAAUACCGAUGAGAAACUAAAAACUACGGAAACUGGGAUAUUUCCACUGAAAACAGACACGUUUUCUCUCUCACUGUUUCGUCGGCAGACUUGAACUGAGCUUCUAAACGUUGCAGAAGCCUCACUCUAUCCCUCAAGUACGGAUUUGAUUGCGCUCCGGCUGGACUAAAGGUCUCGGGUGAAGACAUUUUCCUGAGAGAAACGCAGAGUUUUAGCGGAGAGUCUCGCUCGCUUGGGGAUUACUGGAGCAUCGGGCAGCGGACCGUGUACAAUUUAAGACUGGUUCCUGCAGCAGCAGCAACAUCAGCGUCGUCGUCGUCGUCGUCGUUCCACUUUCUGAGACUGGCCGAUUUAUUUUGCUACUGCACAGAUUUUGUUGCUGUCUACCUGGAUUCUUUAUCGCUUCAAUGGAUUUGCGCUUUGCCAUAGGCUAAUUGCGGACUGAUGAAGACGAGAGGCAUCUUCGCUUGAGUGUGCCGUGUGGAUUGGGCACAGGCUGCGCUUCUGAGAAAGCAGUUUGUGGCAAACGAGUCACGCGCGGGGGAUCAUGUUGAUAAGACCGAUCAAUAUUGAACUGGAACAUUUUUAAUCGUGUUUUUUUAACUUAUGGACUUGCUCAUGUAUUUUUUUUCUCACUAAAACAAAAUGGUCGGCUCGCAGUACGGGGCUGUGAUAGCCUCCUGUCCUCUCCCGUGCUCCUCGUGGUUGUAUGAUUUUUCCCGUUCGUAAUGCGCGUGCGUUUUUUUUAGGUGUUGUGAAGAUAUUUUUGUUUUUGAUGAUUAUGAUGCACAUGCGAGACGCGGCCUCUGUGUUAAGAUUGCGAUGAAGUGAGUGGAAGUUUACCCCCUGCAGCUUUCAGCCGUUGCCGUGCGCUUCACUGUUUGCGUCUUGCGCUGCGUUUAAAAGGAUAUUUUGUGGGCAGCCGUUUGGGACGGAAUGAGCGCGAGCUACUGGGACGCGUGUGACCGAGAGCAGUAACCGAGAGCAGGGACGAGCAUCAACAGGUUUUCCCCCCCUUUUACCGGCGCCAUGGACAUCGCGCACGUUCUCCUGCGCCUUCUCCUGUGCUGCACGGGCGCCAGCGCCGUCUUCAACCUCAAAUACUCGGUGGAGGAAGAGCUGCGCGCGGGCACCAAAAUCGCGAACGUGACGGCUGACGCUAAGGUAGCGGGCUUUGCGCUGGGAAACCGCCAACCGUACCUGCGCGUCAUCUCGAACUCAGAGCCCCGCUGGGUGAACCUGAGCCCCGCGGGGCUGCUCAUCACUAAGCAGAAGAUCGACCGUGACGCCGUGUGCCGCCAGACGCCUAAGUGCGUCGUCUCGCUCGAGGUUAUGUCCAACUCCAUGGAGAUCUGCGUGAUCAAGAUUGAGAUUAUAGACGUGAAUGACAACGCGCCCCGCUUCCCCGCCCCCCGCAUUGACCUGGAGAUCUCAGAGAACGCAGCACCCGGCACACGUUACCCCCUGGAGGGUGCGAGCGACCCGGAUGCGGGCAGCAACGGCGUCCAGACGUACACAAUCACGCCCAACGAUAUAUUUGGCCUGGAGAUAAAGACAAGGGGCGAUGGGUCCAAAAUCGCAGAGCUUGUGGUGGAGAAGACGCUGGACCGGGAGAGCCAGUCGCAUUACACAUUUGAGAUCACGGCAGAGGACGGCGGCGACCCACCCAAAACAGGCACGGUGCAGCUCAACGUCAAGGUGUUGGACUCCAAUGACAACAACCCUGUGUUCGAUGAGCCAGUUUACACAGUGAAUGUGAUGGAGAAUGCCCCCCUGAAUACCCUCGUCAUCGACUUGAAUGCCACAGACCCAGAUGAGGGCACCAACGGUGAGGUUGUGUACUCGUUCAUCAACUUUGUUUCCAACCUGACCAAGCAGAUGUUCAAGAUCGACCCGAAGACGGGUGUUAUUACAGUGAAUGGGGUGCUGGAUCACGAGGAACUGCGUGUACAUGAGAUUGAUGUGCAGGCCAAGGACCUGGGGCCCAACUCGAUCCCAGCACACUGCAAGGUAAUUGUGAACGUGGUGGAUGUGAACGACAAUGCACCUGAGAUCAAGCUGCUGUCUGAGAACAGUGAGAUGGUGGAGGUGAGCGAGAAUGCGCCCCUUGGCUAUGUCAUCGCACUGGUGCGUGUUUCAGACAGCGACUCAGGUGCCAAUGGGAAAGUGCAGUGCAGGUUGCAGGGCAAUGUGCCCUUCCGCCUCAAUGAGUUUGAGAGCUUCUCCACCCUGCUUGUGGAUGGCCGCUUGGACCGGGAGCAAAGGGACACAUACAACCUGACCAUCGUGGCAGAGGAUAGUGGCUACCCGCCAUUACGGAGCUCCAAGUCUUUUGCAGUAAAGGUUACAGAUGAGAAUGACAACCCACCGUAUUUCACUAAGCCGCACUACCAGGCCAUGGUGCUGGAGAACAAUGUACCAGGUGCCUUCUUGCUUGCUGUGUCGGCACGUGACCCAGACCUGGGCAUGAAUGGCACCGUGUCAUACGAGAUCGUCAAGUCUGAAGUGCGUGGUAUGUCUGUGGAGUCAUAUGUGACAGUAAAUGCCAAUGGAGAGAUCUAUGGCGUGCGUGCCUUUAACCAUGAGGACACUCGCACCUUUGAGUUCAAGGUGUCAGCACGUGAUGGUGGCGACCCUUCGCUCAGCAGCAAUGCCACGGUGCGUAUUGUUGUGCUUGAUGUCAAUGACAACACGCCUGUGAUGACUAUGCCACCACUUGUGAAUGGCACAGCUGAGGUGUCCAUCCCCAAGAACGCAGGGGUCGGCUACCUGGUCACUCAGAUCAAAGCUGAUGACUAUGAUGAGGGCGAAAAUGGCCGUCUCACGUAUUCCAUCUCUGAGGGUGACAUGGCCUAUUUUGAGAUCGACCAGAUCAACGGUGAGGUGCGCACCACCAAAACGUUUGGCGAGAAUGCCAAGCCCUCCUACCAGAUAACAGUGGUAGCACAUGACCAUGGCCAGACGUCCCUAUCAGCUUCAGCCUACAUCAUCAUCUACUUAUCCCCUGACCUAAAUGCGCAGGAGCAAAUGGGAGCUGUGAACCUGUCCCUCAUUUUCAUCAUCGCCUUGGGCUCCAUUGCUGCCAUCCUGUUUGUCACCAUGAUCUUUGUAGCAGUCAAGUGCAAGAGGGAUAACAAAGAAAUCCGAACAUACAACUGCAGUUUCUUUUACCUGCGCAGGGUGGCGGAGUACUCCUAUGGCAACCAGAAGAAAUCCAGCAAGAAGAAGAAGCUGAGCAAGAAUGACAUCCGGCUGGUGCCACGUGACGUGGAGGAGACAGACAAGAUGAACGUGGUGAGUUGCUCGUCUCUCACCUCCUCGCUCAACUACUUCGACUACCACCAGCAGACUCUGCCGCUGGGAUGCAGGCGCUCUGAGAGCACCUUCCUCAACGUGGAGAACCAGAACUCCAGGAAUGCUGCACCCAACCAUGGCUACCACCACACCUUCACCGGGCAGGGCCCGCAGCAGCCCGAUCUCAUCAUCAACGGCAUGCCACUGCCAGAGACGGAGAAUUAUUCCAUUGACUCCAGUUAUGUAAACAGCAGAGCACACCUUAUCAAAAGCACGUCAACGUUUAAGGACAUGGAGGGGAACAGCCUGAAGGACAGUGGGCACGAGGAAAGCGACCAGACGGACAGUGAACACGACGUGCAGAGGGGCCACUAUGCUGAUACAGCUGUCAAUGAUGUGCUGAAUAUGACCGUGCCUCCAAAUAGCUGCCAGCUACCAGACCAAGAUCCUUCUGAAGGAUUCCACUGCCAAGAUGAGUGUCGUAUACUGGGCCAUUCGGACCGCUGCUGGAUGCCCCGCGUGCCGAUGCCAGCACGAGCAAAGUCUCCCGAGCAUGGCCGUAAUGUUAUUGCACUGUCCAUCGAGGCCACCACCGUAGACGUGCCUCACUAUGAGGACUGCGGCACCACCAAAAGGACUUUUGCCACCUUUGGCAAGGACGGGCCGGAGGAGGAGCGAGGGAGCGAGCUGAAGGGCAAGAGGACAGGCGAGGCAGUGUCUGUUUGCAGCCCCAAAGCCAAUGGUGCCGUGCGCGAGGCGGGUAACGGGCGUGAGGCUGUGAGCCCCAUCACGUCUCCUGUGCACCUCAAGAGCCCUCAGUCCAAAGCGCCAUCCACCUACAACACGCUAAAGUGCCGGGACGCCGAACGCAUCGCAAACCACAGCCUGCUGCGGCAGCCCGAGGGCAAGGACAGUGAGCCAGCCAUGCGGGAGAUCAAUACACUCCUGCAGGAUGGCCGAGAGAAAGAGUCUCCCGGUAGCAAGCGCCUGAAGGACAUCGUGCUUUAACUAUUUUGCACAUGCACAUAGAGCGCACACGCCAUUCCCUGUAUGUAUGUGUAUGGGUGUUAGGAAGUGUCAUGCAGCUUGGGCUAGAAAGAGCGACACACACCUGCAGCACAGCAUACUUUCAUUAGGACAUAGCUGCAAGACCAAGGAGUAUACUAGACUGGAAAUGUGUUUGCGAUGAUUGGACUGUCGCCGUGGCUUUUGUAGUAACAUCAGUUCAUGUUGUCCGUUUUUCCUGUUUUUUUUUCGUUCCUGCUAUGUCAAUGCGUGGACAGACUGGUUACUAUCGGUUAUCAGGCUGGUUACUGCUGCGUGGCAUGACAUACCCUGCCCUGAUUAGCUUUUUCGAUUUUUUAUUUUUUUUUGUAACCCAUAAAGGAGAAAAGACCUUUUGGCCGCACCAGUGGGGCCACGUGAGUACAGUCAUUGCCUUUAAGACUCAUAUAAGACUGCUUUCUGAUAUUGCCUUCGUCGGUGUGCAGUCCGCAUCGGCUGCCAAUGGUCCAAUCGUUCCCAAAGAGAACGAUUCCGUUUUUUCCCCCCAUGAAGAACUUUCCUAGGUGCUGCAUUGCCCUGCCCAGCUCUCCCAAUUCUGGCAGCACGAGUGCCCCGGAGCACUCCCAGGAUCUCAUUUCAUUUCUGCACCUCCUCAGUCAUCUGAUAAGACAACCCUUGUCUCUUUCCCUCAAGACAUUCCAGUGUUUGACAAAAAAAAAUGUACAUGAAAAACUGUGAGGUCGUUAAAGUACUUAUUUGUUAUCACUGAUGGAGCUAAACGAACUCUUGCUAUCAGCUCAAGUCCUCUGAAAAACUGGUAUAGGGUGAAACAGAUCCGCCAGACUUCAAACCAAGAUAUAAAUAUAUAUUAAAAAAAACAGACUCUUUGCUUUUGAAAUCUCCUGUGCCCAUUCUUGAUUGUAGCCAGUGGAGCACAGUUUACUAGAACUUUGUGCUCUGGUCUUGUACUUUUUUGGAUUUUGACUAUGGGGCUAGGAUAGAAGGGGUCGUCACUUACGUCUUGCUAUGUGAAACUCUGUAUAGGGUUUACUAUUAUCAUUUUUAAUAACCUGUUGUUAUGUGACAAUCCCUUUAAUGUUUUGUUGCAAGAGUAAAAACAAACAAAAAAAUAAACAUUGGUGUUCAACUAAAGCUACAGUAGCGUUUGUUACACAAACACAAAAGGAAAAAAACAUAUGCCAAAAUAUAUUUUAUAAAUAAUUUAAAAAUGUACAAUGAGAAUAUUUAAUGCUGUGUAGUUAUUUUAUCAGUAAGUUAUACUUGAAAUUAACUGGCAUUUGUUUUCUGUUUUUUUUUUUUUUUUUAAUUUUGCUUUUUUAUCGACUAUGGUUGCUUUCUGUUUUCAGCUGAUCUUGGAUUUUUCGUUCACUGUGUUACCCCUGGCAACUGUUGAUUGCGGUCCUUGUUGUAAAAGAGUUUCUUAUUGGUCAGUUCUUGUGCCAUCAAGUUUCUGUGUGGGCAAAAAAAAGAAAAAAAGACAAAAAAAAGCAAUUUCAGCACCAACAGUAGUGUGUCAGUACAAUGAGCUUAGAGUGAGAUAGCAAAAGAAACCAUAAAAGGAAAAAAGAAUCAAGGCAAACAUUAAGCGUUCAAGAUAAGAGGUUGUUGCUUAAUCUUUCAGUAAGGUUAAGGGUCGCACUAGCUUUUGAAGCAAGUAAAGGUGGUUCCACUCAUUUGUGAAGUGCUGAUUGAGGCUCUCAGUAUGAUUCAUUGAUAAAAGCUUCAUAUUAACCAAACCAAUCUGAACAGCAUCUAUAAAAGUCAUGACUAGGCCAGUGAUGCAGUGAAGUUCAUAUAUCAUGGUCAGGACUACACAGAUUUGGUGGAAUCGGCAGGACAAAAGACAAAUGGUCUUGAGAAGCAAAAUCAGUGGUGCAUCAUGGGAUGACUGACUGCUUUACAAUACAUGUUUUAGUAACGUGGAAAGUACAAAUGGUUUAAAAGGCUAAAUGCAAACAACGAAUAUAGACCUUGUAGCUGAAUGUUUUUUGCUGGUCUCACCAACAGCUUCUGGCAACAUGAAAACGGAAUUAUCACUGAAUGUAUACUGCAGCUUAUUAUUAAACUAUUAAAUGUUCUCCA